UGAAACAUUCAGCCAGAGAGAUUUGGAAGCUAAUGGAUUUUCUGGAAUUUCUGGAAAGCACCAAACUUUUUUGUAAUUAUAUUACGGCUAAAUAUUGUUGCUUUAUGGUUAUUAGCUACAUCUGUUUGCCACAGAUGCCUUCGCGCCAGCUAGAGAUAGCCAUCCUUAAAGAACAGCUCAAGGAACAAAGAGCACGAGAAGCUGCUUUAAAAUCUGAGGUUGAAAAGCUCAAGGCUGAGGCUGCUGAGAAACCUUUAUUGCAGAAUUCUCUCAAGGAACUGCAAACCAAAUCAGCUAACUGUGAAGCAGAGAGAAGAAAACUAGCUGAGGCAAAUAUAAAGCUUAAAGAAGAUGUGUAUACAUACAAGUCCAAACUAAGUGACCUUGAAGCAAAAUAUUCCACUGCCGUUGCUGAGAAGGACGGAUCAGUUGAACAACUUCAGGCUGCAAAAAGGACUAUUGAAGAUUUAACGCAGCAGCAUUCUUCUGAAGGGCAGAAACUACAAUCUCAGAUAUCUUCGCUUAUGGAUGAGAUCCGCCUGCUUGAUGAAGUGCAUCAAAAUACUAAGAAGGAACUCCAGCAAGUGAUAUCCAACCUUGAAGAACAGCUCAAGGAACAAAAAGCAGGAGAAGUUGCUUUAAAAUCUGAGGUUGAAAAUCUCAAGUCUGAGGCUGCUGAGAAACCUUUAUUGCAGAAUUCUCUCAAGGAACUGCAAACCAAGUCAGCUCACUUUGAAGAAGAGAGCAGAAAACUAGCUGAGGCAAAUAUAAAGCUUAAAGAAGAUGUGUCUACAUACGAGUCCAAACUAAGUGACCUUGAAGCAAAAUUUUCCACUGCCGUUGCUGAGAAGGACGGAUCAGUUGAACAACUUCAGGCUGCAAAAAGGACUAUUGAAGAUUUAACGCAGCAGCAUUCUUCUGAAGGGCAGAAACUACAAUCUCAGAUAUCUUCACUUAUGGAUGAGAACCGCCUGCUUAAUGAAGUGCAUCAAAAUACUAACAAGGAACUCCAGCAAGUGAUAUCUAACCUGGAAGAACAGCUCAAGGAACAAAAAGCAGAAGCUGCCUUAAAAUCUGAGGUGAAAAUCUCAAGGCUGAGGUUGCUGAGAAACCUUUGUUGCAGAAUUCUCUCAAGGAACUCGAAGAAAAAUUGGUGAAAACUGAACCUUAACUGCAAAAAGAGGUUGGAAGCAUUAAGGCGGCUGCAGCGGAAAGGGAGGCAAAGGCUUCCCCAAUGCCGAGCGUUAAGUUCAUCGUGGGAGUGGGAGUGGGAGUGGCUGUGGUGUCUACGAUCAUCGGCCUCAUUCUUGGGAAACGAUACUAGAUCAAGUUUUUGUGUUUUUGCUAUUCCCUUGGCUAUUUGCAAGGCAAAACACAGAUGGUUAUGUAUUAUUCAAGUUUGUAUUUAGUUUGUAUAUUGGGUUGCAGAUGCUUUCGGAAAUAUAAGAAUUUGUUUGUUUGUUGAUACGAAAAGAAGAGGACGGUCUCAGUUGUUUGUGAGUCAUAUGGUCGGAUCCCUAAAUGAAAUUACUUCAGGGCCGUUGGAUAAGCAUUUAAUUUUCAGUUUUUAUAUUUCUUUUUUUAAAUUGAAAACUGAAAACUCGUUCGGCAA